AAAUGAGGUUAGAGCUUUUGUUGGGUCAGCUGGUCAUCUGCGAAUGAAACCGCCACAAUUUGAUGGUACAACGGCUUGGAAUGCCUACCGGCGUCAUUUUAAGGCAGCCGCGAAUGCAAAUGGUUGGUCAUCGACCGAAAAGGCAACUGCACUCACUUUGGCCCUGCGAGGAGAUGUUGCAACUGUUCUUCAAGAAAUAUCACCCGAAGAGCAAGAGGUUUACAAACAGCUAGUAGGACAUUUGGAGAUCCGAUAUGACCAGUCACAUUUAGAACAUGUCUACCAUACUCAACUAAAGAAUCGGUUCCAGGAGUAA